UUACGACGAACACUUUGCGGCUUACAGCAUGGCUUAGGCUACAUAGCUAACCAAGUGACAAGUGGAAGAAAUCAUCGAAAUCGUCCAAAUCGGUGGGAUUUUGGGGGACGUUAGGUGCUGUUCUCCGAGCAAAGACAUGCAGCCAGCACAGCACUCAGCGUCCCAAGACAAACGAGACUUGGAAACACUGCAAAAAGCUCACGAUGAAGCCUUCCUGUACAUUUCACAAGGACUGAGCUGCGAAGAGUGCGGACAAACGACUCUUGCUGGGGACACUUAUCGCAGGGGACUGGAGCGCUUGGACCAGGCCCUGCAGAUUUCCUGCGAUGGCAGGGCUGGUCCGCAGUGGGACAACGCACGCAAGAUGCAGAACAAGAUGCUGAGGGUGAAGACUGAGGUGGAAAUCAGGAUGAGAGCUGCAAACGGAGAAAGAAGCGGCGAGACCAUGACGGACAAUCCACCUUCCUACGAGGAUGCAAUUGCAGGAAUUUCAUGCGUCGACGUCACAUUGAAUGGGGGAGUCACUGCAGAAGUGCUGAUGUACGUGCCACGUGGGGUUCAGGUGUUCUAUGUAUCGCCCACCGGCGAAGUUGGCUCUCCAUCGAGCCCUUCAGACCUUACCGUAUACCGGCUAAAAGAUGAGCCUGACAAAGCUAUCCAGCGGCGCUUAUCUUGGCUGCAAGCUGGCUCCUGGAUCUACCCGUUGUUGCCCGGUCAAGCACCCGCACUUCGGACAGGCUUUGGGGCAUACAUGUUUCCAGACAUAGACGCUGACAAACAAGGAGCUGCAGUUGGAAUCCUGCUACCUUCUGACACUAGCACGGAAACCCAGAUCUUGUUCGAAUCUUUGAUGGAGAACCUGACAGCCAUUAAGAUUGAACCACUCAUCAUUCCUGGGGCAGAACCUACAUUUGGCCAAAAGGUUUCAGAAAGCCUCAUUGCAGGGUCCCAGUGUCUGUCAGCUGGAAUUUGCAAAAGUGCUGAAGUGACUUGCCACGCACUUGGCCUGGGAGUACAAAAGCUUAAGGAGUACAUCAAACCGGAGCAACAGCCAGUUGAUCCACGAGUGAAAGUGGGCUUUCAAGUUCUUCGACAGAUUACGGGCUCCAUCAGGAGCGUCAGCGGCUACGUUGUGAACAAGGUUGGGGACUUGAGCCUGGUCCUUGCGCAGGAGGUGGCGAAGAAAGUCACGUGUGAUCCUCCGAUCCUUCCCUGUGAAACUGUCGAUGGCGGCGGUGGGGGAACGAGCAGCACUGUCAACGAGGUACUGACCAUUGCGAAGGGAGGAAUCCAAGGUCUUUCAACUCUGUACCUGGGGCUGGAGAAGGCUUCCGGAAUUCUGGCGGCUGCGCUUGCAGACGGAAGUGUGCAGAUCAUUGGUCACAAGUAUGGCAAAGAUGCAGCGGAGGUUGUGUCCGAUGCACUGUGUUCCGUGGGCAACGUGGCGUUGGCGACACAAGAUGUCCGCAGCCUUCACGUCAAAGCAGUCGCAAAGAGGACCGCACGCGAGACAGGGAAGGCCGUCCUUCUGGACUGGGAAGAAAACGUAUUGCAGCCGCUGCAGCUGCCGCAGCUGCAGAGAAGACCUCAGAGUCACUCGAAGAAUCCUCACAAUAACUCCAAUAAAUUGCUCGCAGCUGGUUGUCAGAAAUUAUGGAAUGUUCAUUUCCAUAAGUCAUGCAGAGGUUACAGACGCAGAAAAUGAUUGCGGGCUGUAGUUUUGCCCAAGAUAACUGUGUCCGAUAGAAACAGUGCAAAGUGUAGAUGUUUAAUUGCUGAAGCGUAUUUAGCUUUAGCAAAUGUAUAAAGAUAGGAGUGGUAAUCCAUGAGGAGUUUUGCCUUGUCAACUUCCCAUGAUGCAAAUUUGGUGACCUGUGAUACAUUUGUGUCCAUUAUUCCAUAUUUUGUCCAUACAAAUAAAUCUCAUCAAGAGCGUUC